GCUGUUUUGCAUAUUGAGUGUUGUGGUGUUAUUUCUUUGUGUCUGGAGCAGCAGCAGCUGCGUAGUUGCGAAUUAAUUUAAUUACAUUAUUAGAACAAAUCACAGCCAUGGCAACGGUGCGAACACCCAAGCAAAAAGUCAUUCUCUGCGGUGACUAUGGUGUGGGCAAGAGCUCCUUGUUCCGCCGCUUUACGAACAACACUUUUGUGACUGAAACCGACCGCAAAUCCACGCUGGGAUUGGAUCACAUUGAUCGCGAAUACAACGUGGGCGACAAGCAACUGAAGCUGCAAUUGUGGGACACUGGCGGCAUGGAGCGUGUGGCAUCUGUGACUUCGUCGUAUUAUAAAUUUGCCGAGGCUGCCAUACUGGUCUUUGCCCUGGACAAUGCUGCUUCCUUUCACUCGCUGUCGCAGCACUUGCUGGACAUUGUCACAUUCGCCGAGAAUGCCAAGAUAUUUAUCUGUGGCAAUAAGAGCGAUCUGGAGGGAAGGGAACCCGAAGUCAGCGACGAGGAUAUGGAAGCAUUUUGUGAGCAGUGUCAUUCGUUAAUCAGUGCCACAUACAAGACAUCGUGUCGAAGUGGCGAGGGUAUCGAGGACAUGUUCCAGGACAUUGCACGCCAGCUGGUCACUGCGAAUCGCUCCAAAAUGGAAUUGCAAGCUCUGGAGCAGCAAAGCUUCCAAAUUGAUAAGGCCCUGGAAGCGGAGCACCAUGAGGAAGCCGGCUCUUGCAGUUGCUAGCAGUUGGGGAACAUUGAGUUUGGCUAAACUGGCGUUUUUCAUCCCCAGCUGAACUCAAUGUACUUUCACAAAUUUGUAUAUUUUGUUUUGCUUUAAGUUGUAUUUAUUAUAUUGUAUAAUAUGAUUUUUCUGUCGAAUUUAUAACUAAAAUACGUCCAAAAUA